UCAAGAUGGCGGACGAUGGCGAAUCCCUCGAAUCGUGGCUGAAUAAAGCCACAAAUCCAUUUAACCGAGAAGAUGACUGGGAAUAUAUAAUGGGAUUCUGUGAUCAAGUGAAUGUAGAAUUAGAAGGACCCCAGAUAGCAACUAAGUUAAUUGCUCAUAAGAUGCAAUCCCCGCAAGAAAUGGAGGCUCUUCAGUCAUUAACCGUUUUGGAAUCCUGUGUUAAAAACUGUGGUAGACGUUUUCACCAAGAAAUUGGUAAAUUUAGAUUUCUGAAUGAAAUGAUCAAGUUGGUUUCUCCUAAGUAUCUGGGUGAAAAAACAUCGGAGAAAGUGAAAACAAAAGUGAUUGAGUUGUUAUAUUGUUGGAGUACAGGGUUACCACAUGAAGCGAAAAUUGGGGAUGCUUAUAAAAUGUUAAAGAAACAAGGAAUAGUUACUACAGAUCCAACUUAUGUAGAUAAGACAUAUGAACCACCGCCACCUCCUAGACCAAAAGAUACAUUAUUUGAGGAUGAGGACAAAGCCAAGGAGGACAUCCAGUUAUUAGAUAGGUUACUGAAGAGCAAAAACCAAGAAGAUUUGCAAGCGGCGAACAGAUUAAUUAAAAAUAUGGUGAAAGAAGAUGCCAAUAGGAUGGAGAAAGUGUCCCGUAGACUUACAGAGUUGGAAAUGUGUAAUAAUAAUGUGAAACUAUUAAAUGAAAUGUUAGCCCACUACACAAAGGAUGUUACAAGUUCUCAAGAAAUCGAUUUAAUGAAGGAGCUGUAUGAAGCAUGUGAAAAAAUGAGACCCAAAUUAUUUACAUUGGCGAGUGAUGCAGAUGAUAAAGAUGAUGGCCUAAAUGAUAUACUACAAGCCAACGACUCACUGGUCAAAGUGAUGGAAUCAUUUAAGCUAAUUGUAGAAGGAGUUGAAACCAAUCUGGCAUCACCUAUUGGAAGAAAUAUAUCAACAUUAAUAGACAUGGACGCCGCUUUAAUGACAGAAACAGGUAUGCCAUUAGCACCAUCCGGAGAAACCACAUCAUCAGAUGCCACUGCUAACGGCCAGCAAUCACAUCUACCCGCAUCAUCCAGUGCUUUGCUUUUAGAAGAUGAACUUUCAGCUUUAGGUUUAAAUGAAAAUACUGGUACAUCAGCAUCACAGCAGCCAGGGUCGUCAAUUAAUGCCGACUUGAAUGACGUAUUUGCAUCAGCUCAGGCACCAGCUCAAGCAAGUAAUAUCCCUUCUGCUGCUCAAGCAACAGCUGCGACAGUUGGACUACUGCAUCAACAGCAGCGGCAAAUGCAGCUACAACAACAGAUGGCAAUGCCAUUUUCAUCUUUUCCUGUGCAACAAAAUUAUGCUGCUUAUGGGGGAAUGCAUCCCACAGCAACAAGUGGUAUUAGUAUGGGAGCCACAGGUAUCGGUGGUCCCACCCAGGGAUAUAUGCAAACCAGACCGAUGAUGAACACAAUGCCAACGCGGCAGCAUGUGCCACCAACGACAACCACGGAAACCAAACCUUCCCCUUUCGAUGACUUGGAUGUUCUCAGUAAAAGUAUGGUAGAAACGCCCAAAACUUUCACACAACAACAACCCAAACAGCUUGCAAUGUCCACCCAACCAGUAAUGAAACCCAUGCAGCCUAGUGUGACAGGAAAUAUGCAGCAACCAUCCCAACAACCAAUGCAAUCAUCUCUGUCACAACCUGCUAUGCAGACAUUGGUAGAACCAGUACCACAAUCACUGAUUCAAGUGGCACCCACUCCACAACCAGUGCAACCCAAGGUAGCCAUGCCACCACCCGUUUCUCAACAAGUAACACAGCCAACUCCAGGAAGUCCUGCUCCAAAUUCGUUGCCGUCAACACCUGUAAAAGAAGUUGUCUCCCUGGCGGAUGUUUUUGUGCCAUUAGAAAGUGUCCAACCAGGUACCCAGACUCCUAUUACAGUUUAUGAUAAAAAUAACAUUCGAACAUUAUUUCAUUUUGCUAAAAAUUCACCCAGACCAGAUGUUUUGGUUGUUGUUAUUUCCACAAUGAGUUCACAUACAUCGCCUGUUAAAAAUGUUGUCUUCCAAGCAGCAGUUCCUCGGGUUAUGAAAGUGAAAUUGCAGCCACCCUCAGCCUCUGAACUCCCAGCAUUUAAUCCUAUCUUGCCAGCAGCAGCCAUUACGCAAGUUAUGUUAUUAGCCAAUCCAAAUAAGGAAAAGAUUCGACUGAAAUUCAAGUUGAUGUAUCAGAUAGACAACGAGAAAGAAACCCAUUUAGGCGAAGUAUCCAACUUUCCUGAGCAAUCGUGAUAAUUAACAUCAAUGAGACAUGCUUCGCAUACUAGUGACAUCGAUUAAGGUGCAAAAAAAAGCAGUCAUGAUUCCACAGUGGAGAUGACUGCAACAGCAUUGAUAUUCUAUUCUGGGUGGCAAUAUUUUCCUGCUAUGAAAGUUUUGCUCGAUAGUUGAAUUCUGCAGGGAUGGACAAAAGUGGAAAAACUAUCUUUAUUUGUGAGUCUCAACUGCUGAAUUUUUUUGAUCAUCCUAAGAAACCAGCAACAUGUAAUAGAUGCUUUAAAACAAAAAUCUUGCGCCAAUGGGGGUUGAUGACAGCAACCAAAUCGAUUAUCUGUAGAACAAUUAUGAGAGGUGUAAGUGGUUUAUCUCAAAAAGGUUUUGAAGAACAAUACCACUUUUAACGUCCCGGUUUGUACAGUUGCAUGUCCUUCAAUUACUCACCUUACAAAUCUUUAUGCUUCAAUAUGAGAAUCAAUAAACAGGUUUCAGUCCAGCAAUUCAGAAUUGUCUCUUUUUCUCUAGAAAAAUGUCUAUUUAAUAUAGUUCUGCAAAUUCAUCCGAAAUGUAUAUAAAUCAUUUUCAAUUAAAUGCUUCUAUUUAUUUGAAACACUGAUAUAUAGAAUACAACACCUGUAGCAUUGUAAAGGAAUUUGGAUUUUUGCACACCUUAUAAGGAUCGAAAUAUACUUAUUUUCUAGGCAUUCUUACUUCAUGUCAUCUUACUUAAUAUAUUUUUCGUGGAUUUGUCUGUUACUCACCCUGGAUUUGCUGUAUGUUGGAUUUCCCCCUACCUACUAUUGAACAAACUAGUAUUUCCACACGCCUACUCCUUUCUAAUGCCAACUACACCAAUAUUGGCCUAACUCAUAGAUGCAAUUAUAUGAGACAAUAUUUCAAUUUGUGGCAAUAAUUAUUUUCAAGGUUUUGAUUCAGGAAGAAACCUUUCUAAAUGUUUCUUGAGUCUAAAAAAAAUUAAAGUACAAUUAUUAUUUUUUUAAAUUAUAAUACAAGCAUAGAAAUGGAAAUCACAGAACCUGUGAAUAAACUGAAUUUUGAAACUGACCAAUGUACAUACAUAGAAAAUUGUAUUUUAUUUUUUUUUUGCUUGUCUGUGUUCAGCAGAACUAUGCUAAUUGCUGAUGUUGUUAGAUGUUUUGAUUGGGUAAAGGUGUUUGCAAUUACUGUAUUUUCUAUAAAUAAAACCCCUUCUCUUCAAUGAAAGAUUGGCAGGCAUUUAGGGACGCUUCAUACCAUAAUUUACGGUAAAAGUAUUAAGUGGAAUUACAGGAGAGGGGUGUAUACAUGUACUUGGACUUUUUUUCAAGGCUGUUAUCUAAUCUAAUAAAUUUGUAGAUAACAUUGUUCUUUCAAUUAUGUUAACUUAGAUUAUGGAAAUCCGUUAUUAUUAAAUGUGAGGUAUUUAAAAUAUUUAAAUGGCACCUCUACAUAUGUACUGUCCAUUUCCUAAUCCAUUAUUUAAACCAGAUUUUAUAGGUGGCAGUAAUGGCUGGAAUAUUGUGUAUAUAGUUUCUUAACUAUUAAAGAGAAUGUAAUGUUGU